AUACCCAUAUGGUUCUAACGGGUGAUUUUAAUUCCCAGAAAUAAUUGUGAGGUUCUCGUUAUGUAUUUCACGCACAGUUACUUUGUAUGUCCAUGUCUGUGAUUAUCAUAUCAAUUUUGAAUACGAUACGUACGUAGUUGCGCUUUUUUUCGCUGAAAUAGCCUCUCAAGUCUCAAGGCUAUCAGCUUAGGUAGGAAAAAAAAGCGCUUUUUAUGUAGUCUAUAGUCUAUGGAUAUUUCACUUUACUCUCUGGCUGUGGAAAUCAGGAAAAUUUCAAUUUAUUUUUGAGAAUAAAAGUAAACAAGAACAAUAACAAAAUGAGCGCUUGGAGGCAAGCUGGUUUAACUUACAUAAACUACUCAAACAUCGCAGCCAAGGUGCUUCGCAGGUCACUAAAGCAAGAAUUUCGAGCAGAGGCGUUGAAACGUGACGAAUCUCACGUCAGAGUCACACCUUGGGCCAACGGACGACCUGCACGUAAGCUAUUUUUCGAAACUACCUUUAAUACUUACUUGAAACGGUUUUAAAGUAUUCUUAGAAUUUACAACAGUUAAAGUUCCCGUAUUAAUUGAUAAGUUUCUCAAUGUCAAUAUCAGGGUUUACAACAUUUUAAAUUUUGACAUGUAAAAUAUUUAGAUACAAUUAUUUUGUUAGUCUAGCUCAAUUUAUUUUAUUUCAAUUUUAAUGUGAUUUUCAGAUGAAAAGGACUAAGUCAGAGGUGUAAGUUAGGUCAAAAUCAGUCUUAACCAUUAAUGUGUUAUUAGUAUUAGUUCUACUAAUAAUUCUAAACUAAAAUGCUUAUCUUAGUUUAAUUUUAGAAUUUAUUAAGUUUGUAAAGUGAGUGUGUCCUUUAUUAACAAUUAUAUAAACUAAUUACUUGAAAAUGGAUUGAAACUAAAAUUUCCUUUUUGCAUUUAGUUUGGCGUGUGCGUCCCUAUAGUAAAUUAACAAAAAUAUUUUAAACUGUUUUGUAAAUCAAUUAUUAAUCACUUUACAGACCUCCAGAAAGCUGUUCCAAAGUGAAGAAGGAAUAGUUAACCAACAUGCAUGAAAAUCAUCAACUAUUAAUUUAUGUAGAAUUGUACAAUAAAUAACGCUGUUUAAAAUAAA